AUGAAACAAGAACUUGAAAAUAGAAUAAUUUCAAAAGGAGAAUUGGAAGAAUUAUUUAAAACAUUUCAAAAAAAAUGUAAUAAGGAAAUUCUGGAAAUUGAUUAUAUUAAAGCAUCAAAAGCAUUAAAUGAAAUAGAUAAACAAAGAGGCUCGUGG